AUUUAUUUUAAAAUUUCAGUUUGGAUUCGGUUCGAUUCAAUUUUGGUGAAGUUCUUUCGGUUCAGUUAUUUUUCCCAUACUUAAUCAGUGGUCGCUAAAGUCCAUUUGGAUUGGUGUUCUUCUGGUUCUCCCCAAUAUUGUCAGUAUGCUGACAACAAAAUUAUUGUAACGAGGUUCUGAAUUGGCUAAGUGAAGCAGAGGUAGACCGGCUCCUUUCUCCGGUAACGGCGAGGUGUGGUAUCCAUCGGCGACGCAGCUGUGGCUCUUUCACGGUGGUCGAGAAGCUUCUCCUAGGAGAGCCGCGGAAGAUUUCUUCUCAGGCUCAACUACAGUGAAGGCUGCUGCGGCUUGAGGCGAAAGUCGUCGGAGGAUUGGUGGGUUACGUUGCUAGUCAUGGUGAUUAACGGCAUAUCUGAGCUGGCUCUCGCGGGUAGCGGCUUUUGAGGGAUUUCUGAGCCAUCGUCCAUCACAAGCUUCCGUGUUGUUGCUUUCACCGGACUGGUUCUGAAUUGGCUUGGUCUCGAAGAAGGGUAAUGGUUACGGCUUUUGAGUUUGAGGGUUAGAUUUGUGUUUAUCGAUUUGCUAGGUAGGGGAGUCAAUAAUAGGGUUCUGAUUUGUAGGAGGUUUGGGCCAUUCUGGGAGGUCCGUGGUGGGUCAGGCUUCUCAUCGGAAACAGCACAAUGACAAGAACCUAAUAAUCCAGUACGGUUAACAUGUUCGGUCCCAAUGACAAGCCGCAAAGUUGUGGUCUUUGUAUUAGCCAAAAUUAAUGGUCUUCUCUCUGCUCUCAGCUACAGCCUAAAUCAGAUCUCCCUCACCGGAGCUAUCACCGGAAUUUUUCUUCUUUUUGUAUCUGUGUAACUUUGCCAAUUUCAGGCCUUUUGGCCCAUUUUCGGGGCAAGCCCAUAAAUAAAAAUCUUAGGCCUUAAAUGGUAACAAAAACUAGCUGAUUUAUUGAGGAAUUGUUGUGGAAAAAAUUGAAUGCUACAUCAUUUGCAUUUGUGGAAUUCUUGUGGAAUUCACGUGGAAUUAUUGAGUCUUUUACUCAUGGUCCCCACCACAUCGAAUGAUUUUUAUUGAAACAAUGAAUCUUAUCAUUUUUGUGUACAAAACAAUCAAAGUGAGUCAAUUAUAUUCCGACAUAUUUUGUAUUUUUCUGUACACAACUCAUAUAAUAAAAUAAAAAUUAAACAAGAUUCACGAGUGUCGAGUGAUUGAAGAGGCUUCGUAGUCGUACGGGUCUAUCGGUAGUGGUUGAAGAGGGCACAGGAAGAAUACUUAUGGAUGAACAAUGGUGGAAAGAUCGAAAAAAUGAUACUCUAGGGGCUUCAAGGUUAAAAAAAAAUCCUUUGCCGUGCAUAGAUUUGAUGCACAAAGUAUUCGGUCCUCAUUGUGCUGUGAACGAUCAUAUGAUUUCAGCUAGUCAAAUAGAUGAGAUAGAUGAAGAAGACGAUGAAGAAGAACAAGGGUUUGAAGAAGAAGAUGAUGAAGAUAAUUUUACGGAAACUGUACCAGAAACACAGGAAACGACAGAAAAUCAUCUCGUUGCACCGUCAAUGCCGAUUGAGAUACCUACACAUCAACGAAGAUCAAGGCAAGGUGGUAACAGAGGAGAACAAGUUCAUACCAACGAGGACUGUGGAGUAUAUGUAGACGCAAGUUUCUUGCAUGAACAAGAGGGAACAACAGAUGGAGCACAUAUGCAAACAAUACGAGAGGGAAUCAAACAACAAUUAUGGGAUGCUUUUCAUUAGUGAGUUUCUUAUAUGUAUUUCAGAAUAAUGUAUUUUGAAGUUUAUUUUAAGAAAACACUAAACAAA